AUGUAAAUUUAUUAUCAAAGUACCUGUACAUGCAUGUCACUAUAUACAAGUUGAGAUUCAUUUUCUUGUAUGCUCAUUCUCAACAAAUCCAUUUAACCAAUGAAAGACCACACCAACUUGGGUGUGCAACCAGUGAGCAAAAAAGCAGCACUCUGCAAAUACAGAAAGGAAGAGAUAAUAAUAAAUAAAUAAGCAAUAUGUAUCAAGACAUGAGAUGAUGAGUCCAUAGGUUGUGGAAAUGUUUCAAUGGUGAACCAGCUAAACACAAUUCCAGACCCAUGGAGGAAUGUUGCUUUUUAACUGAGUUAAGGUAGUCUUGCAAGCUGUUCAUUUGAGAUAACUAAAUAAUUAAACUGGAUUAUAUGCAAGUAUUCUGCAAUCAUUGAGUAUGUAGUGCUCUCAAUCUCUGGCAUUGAGAUUUCGUGCUUCACUUUGCUCUCUUUCACUGUCAGAUCUAUAUUCAAAGUGCAUUGGUUUAUUACUGUCACAUGUACCUAGAUACAGUGAAAAGCUUUUUUUGUAUGGAAUCCUUUUAAAUUCCAUACAUGUAUCUGUCAAAUUUGAUGGUUGUUUUCUUUAAUCAAGAAACUGAGUUUAAGGUGUACAGAUGUACUGAUAAGUUGCUUACUGUCAAAAUUGAUGGAAUAAAAGGACUUUGACAAAUAGAAAAUUGGAUAAGUAACCUGUAACAGUGGAAGGUUGCUUUUCAGAUGGAAAGAAGUGCACAGUGGUGUUUCCCAAGGAUGGAUACUUGGCCAAUGUAUACACACCACCACAAAGUCAAAAACACAUCUAUAUACAUUAUGACAGUGACACCCUGACAAACUUCCCAUGUUAAACUGUUUCUGUCCCAAAGAUCUCAAUUUAGCAAUUCAAUGUUUCCUUUGCACCUCAUAGAAACUGCAUUUAAACAAUCUAUGAUGACCUGUUUCUUGACAAGUUCACUCCCUAAAAUGCCCAUACCAUACACGUUAGUUCUGAACAGGGAAUUAUUCAGCCUAGUAUGUCCAAUACGUAACAGUAAGUAUAACUUAUUCUCUCCUUUUAUACCCAUCUCCCAGUCGAGUUCCCACCAUCCUCUGAAUGUUGUAUAAAUCCUGUCCUUUCUUUUCCUUAUCCCAAAUUUGUUGCCACAGUGAUGGGAUGGACUUUUUUAGUUACGGAUUUCACCUCUCCCUUAUGCAAAGGCACCCUUAUGAAUGUAUAUCACUGAUUUUCAGUGACUGCUUGGAAAGAAUGUCUGCCUUGUCGUUUCCUUCAACCCCAACCUGGGCUGGGUCCCAUAGAAAAUGUACACACAAGCCUGGACACUGCUGUCUUAACAGAUGUUCAUAGAAGAAUGUCUGGCCUACAAUCUGAAGUAUCUGUUUAAAUAGAUGUGAAGACCGAGAACGAAUCAGAGCACAGAGGUACGUAAUCAGGGUGUACUUCUUCCACCCAUUCCAAGGCUAAAAUGAUAGCAACUAUCUCAGACGUCAAUAAUAGUCUGAUUGUCUUUUCAUAAUUGUCACCUGAAACUUUGGAGCACAAACAGAAACACCUGAACGACCUGUCACAGACAGGUUCUUUUAAACCAAGUGUGUAGACAUAUAAGAAACCACAAUAUCUGCCCUGCAUAAUAUUGUUGAACUUCCUGUGCCACUGAUAAACAAUCACUCCUCAUCUUUAUCUUUUCCUGAAAGCCCAAAUCAACCACAGGCAAAGGGAAAGACCAUGGAGGUGUAACAGAAAGGGAUGCAGAUUAAACCAUAAUCCACAACCCAUUUAUUUCCCAUCCACUCAAAACUGAAGACCUUACGAAUACAGUGCUUCCCAACACGCCACUGAUGUUGUCAAUAUUUGGGUGCCCAAGUUUACCUCCUCUUACGUUAACCCAGUAAACCGUUGCUAACUGUAACCUGUGUAGAUGUAAAGGUACUUCACCUAUUUCUACCAGUAAUGCCGAAAUCGGGAAUGAUUUAAUAGCACCGCACAUAAUCUCAGUUGUUUGAGAUUUAAGCGGUUUUAAGACCGCUGGUGAGACUGACUCGUAAGCAACACAUCCAUAUUCAAAGAUAGAGAUAGAUCUGAUUAAAGCAAUAUACAUUUAAGUGACCGCCUACUUGCACCCCAAUCACACUCAACUAAACAUUUGAGCACAUUAAAGGCUUUUUUACACUUCUCCAGAAUUUUAUUUACACGCACAUUCCUACUUAGCCUUGUUAUCCACAUACCUAGAAUCUUUACCACUAAAUCAAGUGUCACCAUACAACUUCGAUCGGUACACUGACGGCUGCGUCACUUAACUGCUCGGUCUUCUGGCACAUGCGUGCGGCGCCAACUCCAUGCGCAUGCUACGGCUGGAGCCGGAAGUAGAUGGCGUUUGAGGCGGAUGUCUGUCGGUGCGCCGAUGACCGCUGAUCGAUAGGAUUCGCCACUAUGGCUGGAGUUGCCAUGUUUCGAAGUGUUUGCUUGUGGAACAGAAGCCACCUCCUGUCGUCACUGUGGAAUCGAGGUGAUUUAGUGGCAAAGCACAGAGCUCUGUCUCUGGGCUCCAUUCCCCUCUGCAACCAGGCGAGCGGCCAGUACAAUCUCUUAGUGCCGCAUGCUAAGAUCCAUGCUUCUUCAGCUACCCAUGCAGGGCAUAACAAGUGGUCAAAGGUGAAACAUAUCAAAGGGCCAAAAGACACUGCCAAGAGUCAGGUGUUCGCCAAGCUUGCAAUUAAGAUUCGCUUUGCUGUGAAAGAAGGAGGUCCAAAUCCUGAGUUUAACACUCAGCUGGCAAACCUCAUUGAGCAGUGCCGAGCCAAGAACAUGCCUAAAGCAUCUAUUGAAGCUGCGAUUAAAGGUGCAAAAUCUAAGCCUUCAGUCUAUUCGCUGUAUGAAGCAAGAGGUCCAGGGGGAUCGUCCCUGCUCAUUGAAGUCCUCACGGACAACAACAGCCGAACUCUUCAGCAACUAAAGAGCAUUCUGAGCAAAAAUGGGGGAACAGUGAGUGAUGGAGCACGCCACUGCUUUGAUAAGAAAGGAGUGGUGAUGGUGAAUGGUCAGGGCAUUCAGCUGGAACAUGCUCUGGAACUGGCAAUUGAAUCUGGAGCAGAAGAUGUUGAACAGGUUGAGGAUGAAGAAGAUAAAGUCAUGUUCAAGUUUAUUUGUGACUUGUCCUCAUUGCAAGAGGUACGAGAGAGGUUGGAUGCACUGGGACUGCUAAGCAUUAAUUCUGGACCUGAGUUUAUCGCCACCACAACUGUUCAGCUCACGGAUAGAGAUUUGGAGGCAGCAUUUUGCUUGAUUGAACUGAUUGAUGAGAAUCAGGACGUUAUUAAAGUAUAUGACAACAUAAGGUUGCAAAGUUAACUGAACAGAAGAGGGCUUUCUGUAUACUCUGAUACAAUACCAAAUGCAACUGAACACAAGUUUGUACUGAGACUGUACAAGAUCACUUCAAAGUUUCCAGUGUAGUACUCUCUACAUUGCCAACAAUUUAGCUUCAAAACAAGAAUAUGCUGCAGCUGUGAAGUUGCAGUUGUGUAACUAAUGGUAGUUACUAAAUGUGCAUCUUUAUCCAUUGGUUUUCAUCCUCUCAUAGAACAGUACAGCACAGAACAGGCCACUCAUCCCAUGAUGUUGUGCCAACCUUUUAACCUAUUCCAAGGUCAACCUAACCCUUCCUUCUUUCAUAGCUCUCCAUUUCUCUUUCAUCCAUGUAUCUAUCUAAGGGUGUCUUAGAUGUCCCUUUGCCUUUACCCUAUCCCUGGCAGAGUGUUCCAUUUAUCUUCUACUCUGUGUAAACCAACCUACUUCUGACAUUCCCCAUAUUCAUCCCUCCAACUUAAAAUAAUACCUGCUCGUAUUAGCCAAUUCCACACUAGGAAAAAGUCUCUAGCUGUCCACUCUAUCUUUCUCUCUUAUCAUCUUGUAUACCUUUAUCAAGUCAACUGUCGCCUCCUUUUCUCCAAAGAGAAAAGCCCUAGUUCAAUCACCCUAUCCUCGUAAGAUAUGCUUUCUAAUCUGGGCAGCAUCUUGGUAAAUCUCCUCUGCACCCUCUCUAAAGCUUCCAUAUCCUUCCUAUUAUGAGACAAUCAGAUCUGAACUUAAUAUUCCAACUUCUCUUGAAGAUUUCUGUGGUACAGUAUCACAAGCACCAUUUACUCAGCAGCCUCUCUUCCCUUUUGCUAUUUUCCAUGUAUGUGUGACAGGUGACACAGCCUAGUCCAAUACUGUACUCAGGAUUAGUUUUUUGUGUGUUCAUCAGAGGGGAUAAAUCCUGGUGACCAUUGAGGUGAUUGUUGCACUGGAGUCCUGGUGAUAAAGAAGGGUCAAUGACUUGCUCACAGCUAGCCCUUCACAAGAAGGAGGAAAUCAGCCAUAUUUUUAAGAUUCUGAAAUAUUUAAUCAACUUUGAAACGUUUUUGUGGAUUUUGAGCAUGACCUGAACUCUUUGCUAACAAUAAUAAAUGUCACUUAUUGGGGUUAUUUCAGGCAUCAGGCCCCAGUAGAUGUGAUGCAGAGUUCUUUCUGAAAUCCCCCAGUUAAAUAACAGAACAGAAACUAAGCACAGUGGAUUCCAGUAAACUGGGACACAAAGGGACCAGUACAUUUUGCCCCAAUUAAGUGGCUGUCCCAAUUAGCCGAAGUUUCACAGAAAUAGUUAAAAAGGUAUUUUAAAAAAAGACAGUGAGUAACAAAUUAUGUAUUUAAAUUAAAUACACAACAAAUUAGAGCGUUACCAAUACUACCGCAGUACCAUAAAAUUGUGUAUUAGUUCCUAAUACUUAUCGAUGGAGGAAUUCAUCCGCAUUGCAUUCUUUUGACUGUAAAUGAAUAAAAUCUGCUGAUACCCAG